ACUAUUUAUCAGGAUAGGAAAAUAUAUAGAUAUAUAAAGAAUCGGGUAUUAAACAGAUAUUAGUGACAAAGUGUUUUCUCUAGUGAAGAAAGAGCGUGACUUAAGUGAAUAAUUUCCAUCUCAGCUUUUAGCAAACAUAUGUAACACUAGAUACCUCUGUAUUUUGUCUUCUAGUGUAACAUACAGCCAAAACUCGAGUCUUUAAAUCAAUUAAUGCACGUACAUGUCGCUAUUUUAAAAUUUUAGCGCUCCAGCAUCUGUUUUCUUUUUUUCAUUUUCACCGUUACAAAUGGGUUUUGAAAUGAACUAUGACGAUUUUUUAUAGAGUUACAAAGUCUCCUAAACCGUGACAAGUUGUUAGAAAGACACAAAAAAGUGUCUAGUGAGAUUGACAGAACUUUUUUCCAGGUAUCUUUCUGAACAUAAGAUCACAGUCUGUUAACUGGAUUGUUUUACUACCCAGCAGAGGGAUGGCAGAUGUUAGUAGCAGCUCAGUGGCUGAUACACCACCCUCAAAGGAGGAGAACCCCCCACAGGGCUCAGGCAAUGAGGAUGUAAAGUCUGAUGCCAAAGCUGAAGAUGAGAGUGAGGCGGCCUCUGACCCCAGCAUGUACCGCUACAUCAAAGAGGACCUCUUCACAUCCGAGAUCUUCAAAGUGGAGAUCAGGAAUCUGCCCAAGUUCGUCGGCUUCAACGACCUGAAGAAGUUCCUGGCCAAGCACAGCCUCAACCCGCACAAAAUCAAGCUGUUUGGCAGGCAGACUUUUGCUUUCGUCACCUUUAAGAAUGAGGAGGAGCGUGACAAGGCUAUGAAAAUGGUGCAUGGCAUGCAGUGGAAGGGCCAGGUGCUGAGCGUCAAGCUGGCCAAACCCAAAGUAGACCCCAUCCUGAGGAAGAGGAAGCAGGAGGAGGGAGAGGGCGCAGGAGGGCAGCCCCCAUCCAAGCGAGCAGAGGGGGACCAGGAAGAGGAGCCACUCAGUGUGCAGAUAGCCAAUGUGGUGACUCCUCUGUGGAACGUGCCUUAUGAGGAGCAGCUGAGGAGGAAGGAGCAGGUGGUGGUGGGGGUUCUGCAGACACUGGCCAAAGAGAUUGGAAGUACCAACAAAGCCAUGCUGCCAUGGCUGUUUGCACAGAAAGGGAAAUACAACAAAAUGUGUUGUCCCCUGGAAGCCAUUAAACCAUCUCCUACACAGACAGAGUACAGAAACAAGUGUGAGUUCCUCAUCUCAGUGGGAGCAGAUGGUGAGGACAAGACCAUCGGUUUCCGUCUGGGGAAAUACAAAGGAGGUUCCUGUGCGGUGGUUGGGCCGUCCGAGUCGUGCCAUGUCUCAGCCGAGGCCAAGAGAGUCGUCAGCGAGUUUCAGAAAUUCAUCAGGACAACCCCAUACUCCGUGUACAGUCCAGAGACAUAUGAAGGACACUGGAAGCAGCUGACUGUACGGACUACGAGGACCAAACAAGCCAUGGCUAUGGUGUUCUUCAACCCACAGAAACUUGAAGAAGAGGAACUCAACACUCUAAAAAGCUCCAUGAAGAAGUACUUUUUAGAAGGAGAGGGGAAAGACAGCGGCGUGACCUCUCUGUACUUUGUUAGAGAGGGUCAAAGGAAAUCUCCUAACCCAGAGGACUUGCCCUGUGAGCUGGUGGCUGGAGAGAACUGCAUUCAUGAAGAAAUGCUGGGUCUAAAAUUCAGAAUCUCCCCUCAUUCCUUCUUCCAGGUGAAUACAGGCGCUGCAGAGGUGCUGUACUCCGCUGUGGGCGAGUGGGCCCAGCUGGAUCAGGACAGCACAGUGCUGGAUGUGUGCUGCGGGACAGGAACCAUUGGCAUCUCUCUGGCUAAGAGGGUGAAGAGGGUGAUUGGGAUCGAGCUGUGCCAGGAAGCAGUGGAGGAUGCCAAAGUUAAUGCAAAGCUCAAUGGUCUAAGUAACAUUGACUUUUACUGUGGAAAAGCUGAGGACGUGUUCCCCAACAUUCUCAGCUCUCUCGUGUCAUCCAGCCUCACAGCCAUUGUGGAUCCACCCAGGGCAGGAUUACAUUCUAAGGUGAUACUUGCCAUCCGGAGAGCGGAGCACCUGAAGAGGCUGGUUUAUGUGGCGUGCAAUGCAAAAGCAGCCAUGACCAACUUCAUUGAUCUGUGCAGAGCACCAUCCAACAGAGUUCAUGGAGCACCGUUCCGUCCAGUGCGAGCCAUGGCCGUGGAUCUGUUCCCUCAGACCAUGCACGUUGAGAUGCUUCUGCUGCUGGAGAGAGUGGACUAUGACUCCCAGCAGCAGCAGCAGCAGCAGCAGGACAGUGGCAAAUGGGAAGAGACAGGUUCUUAGCCUUAGACACCGACCCUCUACAGUUUUAUAGGUGGCAUGGGCUUCCUAUACUAGAAAUGUAUGCACGUACUCAGUCCUCCAAAUUAAUGCUAACACUCUUUCCUCUGUCAUUUAAGUAUCUGCAAGGUCUUACUCAUUGAGAGGGUCAAUUCAUCCAAACAUAAGUUUAGCAGUCACCAGUGUCUCAUCCAGUUUAGUCCUUGUAUGUAUGUCAUAAUGCAGAAUUAAUUUGUACUUCAUAUAAGCUGUUAUUACAGUAUGCAUUACACUCUACUUGCUUUACGGACUGUGUCCCUUUGCCUGCUAUGCCUUUUUAGUUUAGUUUGAAUUUUUGUUGACUAUGUCUUACCUAGCUAGAUUCAACUGGCGGUUUUCCGUGCUACAUAUUUUGUUCAACUGUUAUUCAAGACAAUACAUGAGAAGUGGGAACUAUUCACCUUUUGUUAACUUCCUCUUUUUUCAUCAGUGACUGAAUAAAACAAAUCCCUUCUAGUCAUUAGUCAAGACAUUUUAUUUUGCAUAACAAAUAUUACAGAAGUCAUGGAGCUCAGGUUGCAAUACAUACUUCAUUUUCUAGGCAACGUCUCAAACAAUUCAUUGGUACAACUCAACAGCAACACAUCUAAAAAGCAGUAUUUUUUUUUUUCAGUCUUCUCACACUGACACACACUUGGCAGGACAACACGCACAGAGGGCAAAGAGCAUUCUUAAAGCAAUCUACAAUAUCACAACAGCCUGGUGUUUAAACUGUGACGUGUAUGUUUUGUAGAAAAAGCACAGACCAAAUACUUGACAGAAUGCACAGCAGUUUCUAUUUUGUUCCAGCAAGUAACAUGUCUGUUUUUUCCUGUUAUAGAUGUUUCUACUGUACAGUUUGCAGCAACAUUAAGUAUUCUAUAAAAUGCAUAAGACUGUAUGUAAGCUUUGGUAUACACAGUUUCAUCAGCUUGUGUUGGACUCAAUGACUUGAUCGCAUUUUGUUCAUGUCAGUGUGCCAACUAACUUUAGCAAGGCUGCCUUUUGAAAAACGUCUUCUACUCAUGGUUAGAAAGUAUGAUUGGGUGUUACGAUGGCAAACGUACACAAACAAAAUACACAAUCCAUUAAGAUGAGUCUUAAAAAUCUGCACAUGCUGGAGGCAUUUCUCCCUAAAGUUUGUUUUAUAGGCUGUCGUCUUUAAAAAUACUAACUGACUAAACAAUAAAUGCUUUAUCAGGUAAAGGGGGCUUGGUCUUUCCACUUCCUGUUGAAGGGGGUUAUAGGUCCAAUGUACUGUAUAUACUCUGAGCCCUUCAUGAAAUGGAUUAACUAAGGCAACAUGUAGCCGACGGGAUUUUCUUUAUAAGGGCACCAAAAAUUAAAUGCAACUGAAAUGUACCAAGUGGUUAGUUGGUGUGCAUGGCAUUAGUAGUUUAAGAGAAGCUAGGCAAGAACUAAAAGAAACUAUCUUUUACAUUACAAUACUCAGUGGCCCCAGCAGGACUUUAAUGUGUUGUAUUGCCAAAGCAAACUAAAAAAAAAAAAAAAAAAAGAAAAAA